AUCUCUUCCCCUCGUCUCCAUCAUCCCUGAAUCGGUCCACCUCUAUAUCCAUCAACAAUGAACGUCGGCUACCAAUCAACAAUCUUUCAUAUCCAGAUCAUCGGUGAAGAAUUUACGAACCUAUAGAUCGACAUUGUUCGUGUUCACCUUCGAUUGCGAUAUUUGAAUCCCUAAAUCGCUUGAUUCAUGAUCAUCGAUUCAUCGAGAUCGAUCAACAAUGAUCUCUCAAGUUUUUGUAAGCAUCAAUUUAGGUACAAAUCAAAUAAUCAUACCGUUCCAUUAUCGAACCAAAAUCAGUCGAGAAACAAAGCGGAAGGAAGUAGUGUAAACUGGUUGUUGAGUUUAUCCGAUUUUUUAUGUACGUUGAAAACCAGCUAUUCCUUUAGAAGCAUCAAGUGGAUCAUUAUUUGGAUCAGCAAGCUUCCAGAAGAAAAAAAUGUUGAAGAAGUGGAAUUUGUGACUCCCCUCAGUUAUGGUUCUCGGAGUGGUGCCGAGGCUCUCAAGGCCACCACCCCUUUCCAUGUCAUCUUCUUGAGUUGCCAAAGAGAGAGACUCAGUGAAGAGUCGCCGAAUUCCACCGAAAACCCCGGCACCCGACAUGCGGAGGUGACUGGCGGUGUUCUCCGAGUUGCGGAGCUCCAGGUCACCAUCCACCUCACUCUUGCUGAGUCAUUCUUCUUUCCACACUCACCAGCCUAA